AAAAUAAUAAAAAUGAAUUGAUUAAAGCAGAUUUUAUAUAUACUACCGAUAAGAUUCGUCAGCAUGAUCCUUAUUUUUUUAAAUUUUAUAUUAAUAAAAAUAACGAUCAAUUGGGAAUUGAAGAAUUGUUGCAUGAAGCUGAGAAUGCUAUUAAGGUUUCAGAAAUUACUAAUGAUGUUGAUGCCAUUGCUUUAGUUAAUCAAGUUAUUAAAGUUGAAUAUAAUCAAAUAAGCACUUCUAUUACAAUUACAGAAGCUUUAAAUUGUUUGAAGUUGCGUGAACGAGCAAAUCUUACUCAAAAAAUUAAAGAGUUUGCCGAUUUUAAUUGCUCGAAUUAUAACGGAACUGAAUAUGCAAUUAAUUAUAAUGAUAAUUCAAAUAAUUAUAUUAAAUUGAAAAAUUUCAAUUUAAUUCAAAAUGUUGCUAAAUGGCUUAACUUUAAAAUACGUAAAACUGUUCAUUUUGAGGAAUCUGCUUUAGAAUCUAUUCGAUUUGGAAUUGGAAUUCAAGUUUGUUUGAACGAUUUUGGAUUGUUCAAUGGAUUAGAAGAUAAAAUCCGUGAAUUUAUUCAUCAAAGAAAUGAUGAUUAUCAUAUCAUUGUAUUCCAAUUCAGUAAUUUCUUAUUUUAUUAUUUAAAAAAUAUAUUUGAAUAUUCUGUUGGAAAAUCGGUCAAAAGCGGAUACGAUGAAGACUUUGAUCACAAUAAGCCUGAUGAAGCAACUAAUAUAAGAUGGAUUGGAUAUGCAUGUCGGGAUAAAUAUCCUAAAAACAAAAAUCAUAGCAAGAAAAGACCAGUUCCGCUUAAAGAAGAUGGAAUUUAUUCAAUGACUAAUAAUUACGCAUUUAAAUUUGAUGACAAUUAUAUUAACAACAUUUUCGAAAAGAAAAUUUUGAUAAUUACUGAUUCAAAUCAUACUUUUAAUAGUGAUUUUGACGCAUUUAAAAUUAAUGUUUUGUUUUAUGAUUUCAAAAAUCCUUUUGAUUUCUUUUUAAAUAAUGUUAUGGAAAAUUUAAUUUAUAAUCAAUGA